CUGCGACCCCGGUAGCCGGCGUGUGAACACUGAGGAGGCCGGUGCCGGCUGCCCGCCAGGUUCCCAUCCCUGGCCCACGUCCGCUGCCUGCAGCGGUCACAGGCCACCUCCUCAAAGGGGACCCCUCCUCAGCGGCUGCUGCAGAGAGACAUGACAGGCUUGGCGUUGACCAACUAGGAGGGUCGGCAGGAGCCCGCCGAGACCGCGAAGACUCGUUCCCCUCUUUGUCCAGGGCGCCCGGCUAGUGGCAUGUUCCCGCGGAGGCUGGUGGGAGCCGCGGCCGCGGCGGCAGCGGUGGUGGUGGCUGGCGCGGUGCCGCGGGGGCGGUGGCCUGCUCGCCCUGCUGGCCAAUCAGUGCCGCUUCGUGACGGGCUGCGCGUGCGCCGCGCGCAGCAGAUCGCGCAGCUCUACGGCCGCCUCUACUCGGAGAGUGCGCGGCUCGUCCUCCUGGGCCGCCUGUGGCGCCGGCUGCGGGGCCGCGCUGGCCAUGUCUCGGCCGUGAUGGCGGCGGUUGCGGGCUUCGUUUGGGACGAGGAGCGGAUCAAGGAGGAGGAGCUGCAGAGGUCCAUUGAUGAGAUGAAACGGUUGGAGGAAAUGUCAGCUGUGUUUCAGAGCCCUGGGGUUGAGCGCCACCCUCCAGAACCAAAAUCCCAAACAGAAGGAAAUGAAGAUUCAGGGGGCAAAAAGGCACCAUGGGAAAUGGUGAUGGAUAAGAAACACUUUAAGCUGUGGCGUCGCCCUAUUACAGGCAGCCAUCAUUACCAGUACAGAGUUUUUGGAACCUACACAGAUGUUACGCCCCGGCAGUUCUUCAAUGUUCAGCUGGAUACAGAGUACAGAAAAAAGUGGGAUGCCCUGGUAAUCAAGCUGGAAGUGAUUGAGAGGGAUGUCAUUAGUGGUUCUGAGGUUCUUCACUGGGUAACACAUUUUCCUUAUCCAAUGUACUCACGGGAUUAUGUGUAUGUUCGGCGGUACAGCGUGGAUCAGGAAAACAAUGUGAUGGUGUUGGUGUCACGCGCUGUGGAGCACCCUAGUGUGCCAGAAUCUCCAGAAUUUGUAAGGGUCAAAUCAUAUGAAUCCCAAAUGGUUAUCCGUCCCCACAAGUCAUUUGAUGAGAAUGGCUUUGACUACUUGCUGACAUACAGUGACAAUCCCCAGACUGUGUUUCCUCGCUACUGUGUUAGUUGGAUGGUUUCCAGUGGCAUGCCAGAUUUCCUGGAGAAGCUGCACAUGGCCACUCUGAAAGCCAAGAACAUGGAGAUCAAAGUAAAGGACUAUAUCUCAUCUAAGCCUGUGGAAAUGGGUAGUGAAGCCAAGGCCACCACCCCGUCUUCUGAGCGGAAGAACGAGAGUAGUUGUGGCCCUGCCCGGAUCGAGUAUGCUUGAAGGGCUUUGGGAUAAGAAGGGACAGGCUGCUGCUAGCCCUGUCUCGGUCCCUAUCACUCUGAUACAGAACGGGGACAUGUACUAGAAGGCGUCUGCUGUAACCACCAGUGCAAGAUAAUUCAACAACUGGUGUCUGAUUUCAUUCAGAACUGCCUUUUCUCUAUCAAAACAGAGAAGAAGGAGGCAUCCAUGGGGGCGUUGUCAUAUUCUCAGGCCAAGCAUUUUGCAAUUCAGUAUUCCAUUGAGCUAAUCUGGAACAAACCGCACCUCGGGCCAGAAGAGGAUAACUUGUUUUGCUUCCUCUGAAUAGUUUCCUCUGCCAACAUUCCAGUUUCUACCAUCAGUCCUGCAGCAUUUGGACUUCCUUUAGUCAAAAGGUGCAACUGGAAAGUGAAGGUGGCCAUUUGAUGGUUCUCUGAGGGGUCAUUGGGAGUCCCUUGGUACUAGGUAGUCCUGUUGUUGAAUGGAUGUGAACUGUUGCUUGGCAGUGUAAGUGCCUUGUCCUCACCUUGCUUCUAUCUUUAGGAACAUCAAGUUUGUACCAGGAAAUUUCUUCGCCUCCCAAAUACCACCCACUGAUUACCCAAAGCCUUUUCUUUUGGACUGGCUAUAUUCAAACACUAUGUUAAUUUGGCUUGGCUCCUCCUUUCUUGGCCCAUUUACCAAGAACACUGGGAAAUGAAUCCUUUCAGACAGUAGCUUCCUGUAUUAUUACUGUUUUGAUAGGAUCAGUGGAGAUGCUCAAAACAUCCCACAUUAAUAUAUAUAUUUUUGAUGUUAAAAGUUUAUUAGUUCAGUGUUUCACUUAUUGAAUUUGAAGUAUAUAUAUAUUUUUAAUCUUUGUGUCAAUAAGUAGGGAUUGGGGAGUUGAACAGAAUUUCUCUAGUCCAUUGUCUAGAAAACAUUUUGAUUUAGGCAUUAUUUUUCACACUCACGGUUGGAUCCUGAGGACUUGUCCACCUCAGAAGCCUAAAGGCAGAGGAGUGGGGUUGGGCCACUCCCUGGAGCUCUCAGAGCUAUAGACAAGCUGUGUGAGCCAUUAGAUGAAAUCUUGCCCCAAACACUAAUGUAAUGGGUUUAUGUGACUCUCUUAUUCCUCUGAAAGUUUUUCCUCUUCUCUUCAGAGCUAAAAUAAAAGCAAACUAUGCUGUUUGGAUGAAGUCACAGUCAGAUGGUAUGCAUCAGUUUGGCCUCGCUGAUUCUGCUUAUGGUCAUGCUGCCAUCUGCUGGAAGAAAGGGAUCAAGUUUUAAAUUCCUCCUCCCCCCUUUAAAAAAAUAAUCGAAAUGAUCAGAUUUUUCUCCCCACCCCCUUUUUUUUAACUUGGUUCUAAAACUAAGACUAACUUAAGCCCCUCAACCUUUUUGUUGCCUGUGAAGUUUUGUGCCAAGGAAAUAACUGCCCGGUGUUUCAUGUCUUGCCUUCUUUGAGUCUGGCAGAGCAGAGAUGCACCAAACAGCCCCAGCUUUUAUUGAUCAGUUCUCUCUUCUUAUCCCUAGAACCUGACAAGCCAGGAAGAGGCCCUGGGUUAUGUCUGCACUUAGCGCCUGUGAUUGCCAGGGGUGGGUGGAUGUGGGCAGUAGUGUGAGUGCAGAGGUGUUAAGGAGCUGGGUGUUGCUCAUGUUCUGAUUUUGGGGAAUUUGACUGCAUUGGGGUAGGUCUGUACAGUUACUUAUGUCAUCAUAAUGAUUUCACUCCUGAUCUUUUUUUCAAAUGUGUGAAUAAAUACAUAAAGAUUGGUAUAAAA